AUGGAGCGGGGCACGAGAGUGUUCGUGAAGUACGCGGGUCAUCCCAUAUGGCACGAAAGACUUUUACUGGAGAAGGUGGGAGAUUCGGCGACUGACUGGAUCAUCGCCACUCCCGACAGCGAUGUGUAUAUGGAGGACUUCAGCCGCCACAACGAGGACAUCGAGGGCUUUCGUCUGUCCGACCGUCGUGGUGGAGGUCCCCACGGCAUUGACCCGCAGGAUGUCUAUCGGUUCCGCCAGGAGCCAGAGGGAGCCCACCUGCAGGGCCUUCGAGAGGAGGCCAGGCUUUUGGCUCGAUCUGAGGCUGCUCGCGGUGGAGGUGCUCCCGCAGGCAAUGCCGAUCUAUGGUAUGCUAUCGAGGAGGCGCCAGGCAUUCACACGGGCAGCGUCGUCCGCCUCACUGAGGAGGCAGUCAUCAGCGGCGAUAGGGCGAUCCAUACGUAUGUUCAUGACGGCGUGGAGAAAAGAGUUUUCUGCGUCAGAUGCCCAGCUGCGGAUCUGGCCGAUGUGAAGAAGAAGUUCCGCAUCGAGACGGACGACGACGGCGACGCGCGGACCCUGCCCAUCAAGAGUGUGGCAGGUCAGCGCAAGCGGGACUUCAGCGAUGCGGUCGAGAAGAUGGAGCUCGUGAGUUUCUCGGACUGGGAGACGCACAUCCCUGGCCCGAGGACGACACGCUGGUGCCUGGACUUCCUACGACGGAGGAACGGGCCGCUGGCGCACCACGAGUGGUGGAAGUCCACCGCCAAGCUGAACAGCGACGACUACGGUGUCUCGUUCCACGAGGCUGUGCUGCGUGCCGUGCAGACCGGCGCGGAGUACGAUCAGCUCGACCUGGUCAACUUGGCAUCGAUGGAGCAUUUGCUGCGCUCCGCCCAGCUGAUCGAGAGGCUGACUCUGCUCUUGGGCCUUCGCAGCUUCGAGGGUGCCGAGCUGUCCAGCGACGCUUCAGGAGAAGGGAGCACGUCGGUGAGAAGGUUGCUGCCCUGGGUCGCGCACUCGCGGAGCUCGAGCGAGGUGAUGGCCUUCCUGAGCCGGGUGUACAAGUCUCUCGUGGCUCGCCUUCAGGCCGCGGGACUCGUCGAGUUCAGUUUAACGGAUGGAGUCCGAACGGGGAUCUUUGCGGUUUGGAAGUCGGACGGGGUGAAGCAACGCCUCAUCCUGGACGCUCGGAUUUCCAAUUGCAGCUUUGAGGUCCCCGAGUCGCCAGACCUCCCCACGGUUAACGCUUUUUCGAGGAGGUAUUUCACCAUGGAGCCCCUCAGUGCCAAGGACUUACAGAUCUCGGAGGGGACUGGACGUCAGCUUUCUCGGCUUGUCGGACACUUUGUCUCCAUGGCGCUGGUGAAAAGAGAAACCCUUUGUUGCCUCAACGCGGUCUACGCUUUCAUGGCUAAGCACCCCGAGGACUCUGCUCCGUUCUGGCCGUCGGUCGUUAGGGAGCUCCGCUGGAUCCAGUCUUUGUUACCCCUCCUCGUCCAUGAUCUGGCCAAGCCGUUCAGUUCCAGGGUCCUGGCGUGUGACGCCUCGAUGUGGGGAAAAGGAGUUGCUCACAAGUCCCUCUCCGUGGGGACGAUUCGGGACCUCUCGCAGUACUCGGAGCGCUGGCGUUAUCACGGGACCUCGGGAUCUGCCAGGACGGGGGCGCUGGAGGAGGCUCUCGGCGGGGCGCUGCCUUCAGGUGAGUUCUUGGAGCUGAGCUUCGCCGACGAGGGCCUCGUGCCCAACCUACCGACCCACGUGCUCGAGAGCCCGAUCCUGGUGCGGGACCCUCCCACAUCCGCCGCGCGGCGCCGCCGUCCGGCGCGGAAGCGCCCGGCCGCCGCACAGCCCAGCAGGACGGCCAUCGAGACCAGCAAGUCGCAUCCCGACGCGGAGGAGCGCAAGAAGGCCAGGCGCUCCCUGCACGCCCUCGAGAGGAGGAGUCUCCAGGCCGUGGGCCGGUCCUUCCUCGAGCAGGGGAGUGUUUCUCGGACAGUGCAGCAGCAGUGCAAGGCAGCGCUCGACCGCUUCGUGAAGGAUCAGAGUAUCAGGGACCUCCACGCACUGGCCCGCACACCGAAGGUGCUGGACCAGAAGCUGAAGUGCCACCUCGACGACCUCUACUUCGAGGGGGAGCUGAGUGGCGUAGCGAACACUCUAGUGUCCUUGCCCGAGACUGCCCGCGCGCUGGUGGGCUUCAGCAAGCUCUCUCCGGCGGCCUCUCGGCUGCCGAUCCCAGCGACGGUGGUCUUCGGCCUGGCAAUGGUGCUGUGCUCGCUGGGCUUCCCCCUCGCCGCCUUCGGGAGCCUCCUGGCCUUCCACCUCUACCUCAGGCCGUCGGAGUUGAUGCGCAUGAAGUGGAGGCAUUGGUCCCCGCCGUGCGGGGCAGGCCGAGGAGGGACCGACGGGUGGUGUCUGACGUUGCACCCCCGGGAGGACGGCGUCCAGUCGAAGGCAGAGGAGUUCGACGAGAACAUAUCGAUCGACGCAGACGGCCAUCUCAGUUUCCUCAAUCAGGUGAUGUCGGUAAUGCACGCCAAGGCGAAGCGGGAGGCCCGCCUCGACGAGCUGGUGGUGGGCGACCUCGGCGGCCGCUCAUUCCUCAUGGUCUUCAAGAUGGCGGGCGAGCGGCUGGGUCUGCCCAAGCCGCCAGUGGCGCACCAGCUGCGCCACGCAGGACCCAGCUACGACCUGGCCCAGCGGAUCCGCCGCCUGGCAGAGGUCAAGGCUCGUGGCCGUUGGUCGGCGGACUCUUCCGUCAGGCGCUACGGCAAGCAGAACCGCAUCAACGAGCAGAUCGCCGCGCUGCCUGUCGCGGUGCGGGGCUUCUGCGACGACGCCUGGAAGAAAAUCGGAGAUGUCCUCUUGAAGCGUUCGAAUCCCUUAGAGCUGCCGUGA